AGAGCUUCACCUAUCCAACAGACACGUUGCUUCCGACGCAGAAAUUGGAGAUUGGAGGCGUCAUCUCCUCUCGCAAAUCGCAAGGUAACUUCUCAAUUGGAAGAUUUCAAUUUCGUUUGCUUGGAGAUGGAAAUGCUGUUUUAAACACUAUGAGUUCGCCCCCUAGCUAUUCAUAUGAUGCAUAUUAUAUUAGCAACACUGCUGACCCUGCGAGCACACAGAAUUCUGGUAACGAAGUGAUUUUUGAUGAACAUGGAUUCCUGUAUGUGCUGAAAAAUAGUGGAGCCAAAGUUAACAUUACAGAGUUGAUUGGUAACCCUGCGGAGGCUUUUUAUUACAAAGCCACCAUUAAUUUUGAUGGAGUUUUGACUGUAAGUUCUUACCCCAAGGGCCCUGGAGUUGCCAAUGGAAGCUGGAGAGACCUGUAUGUAUUACCUGAAAAUAUCUGUACUUCCAUUCUACAUGAAGAAAUGUUUGGCUCUGGAAUUUGUGGAUACAACAGUAUUUGCUCACUUAAAUCUAAUGGAAGGCCAAGUUGUAAUUGUCCACUGGGAUAUUCUUUGAUUGACCCAAAUGAUGAGUAUGGUAACUGUAAACCAGAUAUCACACCAAGUUGUGAAGAAGAAGAAGGUGGUCACAAUUCCAACCAUAGCCUGUAUGAAAUGGUAGAUAUUCAAAAUACUAACUGGCCGAUGCAUGAUUAUGAGCGUUUUCUGACUUCAAACGAUCAAGAGUGUAGAAAUUCUUGCCUGGAAGAUUGCCUUUGUGUGUUAGUUGUGUUUGGAGCACGCAAUGAUUGCUGGAAGAAAAGGCUACCACUCUCCAACGGGAGACGGGAUGCAAGUAUUAAGUCCAUUUCUUCCCUUAAAUUGAGGAAAAAUGUCUCACUUGAGAGUUUCCCUGAUGUUGAUGUUGCUGUCCGUAGAGCACAAAAGAAGCAAACCACAAUUAUUGUUGUCAUGUCUGCACUCUUUGGUAGCUCUGUGCUUGUCAGCUUCAUAUUGUUUGGUUGCAAAUGCUUAAGUUUCUUUGCCUUGAAAAAGGAGAUAUUAGUUGGAACUUGCACGAAGAAUGUCGCUUUGGAAUGUAAUUUAAUCCAGUUUGCUUACAAAGAUCUUUACAAAGCAACAGAUGGUUUCAAGGAAGAACUAGGAAGG